AUGAAUGAUAAGCUGUGGGCGGAAGCCUAUAGCCGUCUUUCCAACAAAGAACAAGAAGUGAUAGCGAGGUCUUUGACGGCCGACCGAGGUGACAUUGUUUUGAUACCGGAAAUCCUUCUGCGAGAUGUACGAGUCAAACGAGAAAUCUGCGAUAAAAAGAGCUGGACCUUCCGAUGCGGCGACCGCACCGUUCAAUUGAGGGAUACGGCAGGUAAAGUUCUGGACUGGCUGGACAAAUUCAAGGCAGCAGGAGACAUCGCGUCGAAUGUCGAUCCACUCCAUGCUGGGGUGCCCUGGGCCGGCAUUAGGUUUUUAAUCCAGGGCUCGUCUCAAGCACGCCAGAACCUCCAAUUGGCUUUGACGGAAUUCUACACCAUCAUAUUGAGAUUCCUGGCACAAGCAGCUCAUGUCUACGAAAAGAGUUCUCUGCAAAGAGCCUUUACUGCAUUCUGGUCACCUGAUGACAUUCAAGCCUUGGAGAACCAAUGCCGAGAGCUCGAAACUCGUGCAGAAAUCGAAGCACAGAACUGUGACAGAUCCGCAUCAUCUGAAGCACGGAAACUUCUCCUCGAACUGCCGAUGAUGAAAGAUUUAACGGACUCAAUUUCUUCCACAGUUACUGCUAUUUGGAAAACUCUACAGGAAAAAGAAGCCGGAAAGAUCCUCAAGUGGAUUUCUGAAAUUCCGUACGAGGAUCAUCACAAGACUAUUCGUAAAGGUCGCACAGCCAACACUGGUGGAUGGAUAUUUAACCAUGGACAAUACAAGAAGUGGGAAUCAUCUAAAAGGUCAACAAUAUUAUGGUUGCACGGCAUUCCCGGCGCCGGCAAGACCAAGCAUAUUUCUCGAGUCAUCGACCAUGUUACCGAUCAUUUAUCAGACAAUGCCAUAGCUUACUUCUAUUGCAAUCGCUACGAGGCUUCACGUCGCAAACCAACGCACAUCCGGGAAAGUUUUGUCAAGCAACUAUCCACGUCUCCAUCGGGCGGUGCUAUUCAACAGGCUCUCGUUGAUGCCUAUAAUGAGAACCAACGCAAAGGCGCAGCAUCAACUAAGCUGAGUCUUGAAGAGAGCGAAAGCCUUGUUCUUGCAUUGACUAAAGCUUAUUCCGAGACAAUAUUAAUUCUGGAUGCCCUCGAUGAAACUGAUGUAGAAGAUCGAGAAGAUCUCAUGGAGGCAAUAGAUCGCUUGGUAUAUCAAUGUGCCAAUCUGAAAGUUUUGAUUUCUAGCAGACGCGAUAACGAUAUCACGCGACGGCUUAAAUUGAAUGCAAAUCUCAGUGUUGAGGCUACCGACAAUCGAGAUGAUAUCAGCAAGUUCGUCCGGGAGAAAAUCGAGGAUGCACAGCAAGGCCGACACCGGAACAAGCCUAUCUCCGAGAAACUACGAGAUGAAAUCGUUACAACUCUUUUGGAGAAGAGUGAAGGGAUCGCUGCAAAUCAAGGAAAUUCUAGAUCUUCAACUCGAGAAAGACAUCCGGGAACGAUUGGGACGGUUGCCGAGGGGCUUGCAGGCAGCGUAUGCUGCGAUUUUCAAAAGAAUCAAAAGAUCUGGGGGAGCAUGCCGGAAAUUGCCGACCGAGCAUUCCAAUGGGUCCAUUUCGCCUCCGAACCGAUAUCUUCAGAUGCAUUGGUUGCAUUUGUGAGUCGGGACAUGGCGGAUGGAAAGACCAAGCAUGCCGACUUGGAUAUACACGAUGUGCUUGAUGCCUGUUGCAAUCUUUUGGACGUCGACAGGCAUUCUGGACUCUGCCGUUUCUCGCAUUUGUCAGUACAGGAAUACUUGGAAGAGCACCAUUACCAGACAAACAGAUCUGUCACAGGUGGUAGCUCUCAUGAUGGGCUGGCAAUGGUGACGAUCCAAUGUCUGCUUGAAACCAAUGAUAUCAAGAUUGCAAAUGAGACGCUUGCCGAGGCAUCUUCACUGAGAUAUGCGGCAAAAUUCUAG